UAAACAGAAAGCGGAAAAGAAAGAAUUUUAAAGAAGGAAAGCAGACCUCCUAGCUUCCAUGCUGCUAGUAGUAUCCAAGAUGGUGAAACUUUUGGAUACCAAAAAGCUCAGCCAAAGGAAAAUGGCAAAAAAUAAUCUAUCAGAGCUUAAUAGAAGCAUAAUAAGCAGGGGAUCUUCAGCAACAGCAGCAUCAUCAUCUUCAUCAAGCCAGCAGUCUCUAAGAACGAAGAGCCCUGCUCCUUUUUUAUCAAAAACGUACGAUUUAUUGGAAGAAAAUGAGCAAGAAUCUUCAUCAACAGGAGCAGAUAUUGGUGGUGUUGAUGAUGGCAAGAAAAUUGUUUCAUGGAAUGCUCAAGGAACUGGGUUCAUAGUUUGGUCUCCUGCCGUGUUCUCGAAGAAUACCUUGCCUAGAUACUUCAAGCACAACAACUUCUCUAGCUUCAUUCGCCAGCUUAACACCUAUGGAUUCAAGAAAACAUCAUCCAAGCUAUGGGAGUUCAAGCAUGAGAAAUUCCAGAAAGGUAGCAGGCACUUGCUAGUGGAGAUCACUCGGAAGAAAUGCGAACCCAGUAUCUUUCCAGCAUAUCUAAAGGCUUCCAAUGAAGAGAAUGCAACAACUGCUGUGGAGGAAAAUUAUCGUUCAGUACUCUUAGAGGAGAAUAAUAACCUUAAAAGAGAGAAUUUGGAACUGCAAAUGCAAAUAGCCAAAUUCAAAUCACUAGAAAUCAAGUUGUUGGAUUGCGUUUCUCAAUAUAUGGGAAGCCACCAGAACAAAAUAAGGAGGCUAUGUUAGGGGGCUUGGAAAAAUUCCAGAAAAAACAAAAUUUACAAUUGAGUACAAUCAUAGCUUUUAUGUCUCCCCCAGCAAUUGUGCUUUGUCUAAAGUUCAUGGCUUGCAAUAGACUAAUCACUUGAUAUAA